AUGGAGGUCGUGACGGGGGCCAUGAGCACCCUCCUGCCCAAGCUGGGAAACAUGCUCAAGGAUGAGUACAACCUGCACAGGAAGGUCAGGGGCGAGAUCCUGUUCCUCACGGCCGAGCUGGAGAGAAUGGAGGCUGCUCUCAUAGAGGUUUCGGAGGCCCCGAUUGACCACCCACCUAGUAAACUUGUAAAGCUUUGGGCCAAGGAUGUCAAGGACCUGUCCUACGAAAUUGAGGACAGCGUCGACAAAUUCAUGGUGCAUCUCGACGGCCGUGCAGAGGAGAAGGCGCAGAGCUUCAUGGGUUUCAUCCACAGGAGCAUCGACCUGUUGACGAGGGCCAAGACGCGCCACAAGAUCGGCACCGAGGUCAAACACAUCAAGAGACGCAUCCAGGAGGUCAGCGCGCGGCGCGAUAGGUACAAGGUUGACAAAGGUGUUGAACGGCCUGUUGUCACGAGUGUUGAUAGCCUUCGCCUGUCAGCUCUCUACAAAAAGGAGACAGAGCUCAUUGGCACCGAAGAGAAGAUCCAAGAGCUAGUCAAGACGAUGACCGAGGCGUCUAAGCAGCAGCUGAAGAUAGUCUCCAUUGUUGGUUUUGGGGGAUUAGGCAAGACAACUCUUGCUAAUGCGGUGUAUCAAAAGCUUAAAUCACAAUUCGAUUGUGGGGCUUUUGUUUCCGUGUCUCUUAAUCCGGACAUUGAGAAGAUUUUCAAGAACAUUCUUCAUCAACUUGACAAGCACAAGUAUAGUAACAUCAAUGAAGCGGUGUGGGGCGAAGCACAGCUCAUCAGUGAGCUAAGAGAUUUUCUUCUAAAAAAGAGGUAUUUCAUUGUGAUUGAUGACAUAUGGAACAUUUCUGUAUGGAAAACAAUCAAACAUGCUUUCAUUGAGAACAGAUGUGGAAGUAGAAUAAUCAUAACAACUCGUAUUCUUGAUGUUGCCAAACAAGUUGGUAGUGUUUAUGACCUAAAGCCUCUUUCUCCUAUCGACUCGAGAAAGUUAUUUCACCAAAGAAUAUUUGGUAUCGAAGACAAGUACCCUCCUACUCAAUUAGCUGAAGUAUCUGAGAACAUUUUAAAGAGAUGCGGUGGAGUACCAUUGGCUAUAAUGACAACAGCUAGUAUGCUAGCUAGUAAAAGAGGAAAUGAUUGGCCCAAGGUGUACCAAUCUAUGGGUUCCGGGCCACAAGAUAGUUCUGAUAUGCAGGACAUGAGAAGGGUAUUAUCAGUGAGUUACUACGACCUACCUGCACAUCUGAAGACAUGUUUAUUGUUUAUCAGUGUGUAUCCAGAGGAUUAUACCAUUGUUGCUGAAGAUUUGAUAUGGCAAUGGAUUGGUGAAGGUUUUGUUCAGGAAGAGCAUGGGAAGAGCUUGUAUGAAGUAGGAGAGGAAUACUUUGCUCAGCUGAUUAACAAAAGUUUGAUUCAACCUGUAGAUAUUGGGAGUGGUAAUAAAGCGAGGGCUUGUCGUGUACACGAUAUGGUGCUUGACCUCAUCACUUCCCUUUCAAGCGAAGAGAACUUCCUAACAAAAGUAGGUGGUCUGCAGCCUGUGUCUGCAUCAAGCAAGAUACAUCGACUGUCUGUACAAACCAGAAAUGAAGAUGAUUUUAAAAAGCUGGCAACCAUGAGCUUGUCUCAUGUGAGAUCACUUUUUGUAUUUGGGCAAGAUAUCAAUUUACUGCCAGCCCUCUCAAGCUUUCCAGUCAUACGUGCAUUGGAUUUAAGUUACUGUCUGAAUGUGGAUAAUCAUCAUGUGAAGAUUAUGUGCAAUCUGCUUCACUUGAGAUAUUUACGGCUGUGCAAUACAUCCAUAACUGAGAUCCCAGAAGAGAUCCGGAAUCUGCAGUUCUUGCAGGUACUGGACAUAAGUCAGACUGGAAUAGAAGUGUUGCCGCCGCAAUUUGUCCGGCUAACGCAGCUAGUGUACCUGCAUAUUGACAGGCGGACCAAGCUGCCAGAUCAGUUUGGCGAUCUGAAAUCCUUGCAAGAUUUUCCAGUUAUCCCCACUAUAACGUCUCCAUCCAUGCUGCAUGAUGUAGGGAAGCUGACGAAACUGAGAAACCUUCUCAUCAGUUUCGAUGAAUGGAACGAGAGCUACGAGGGACCUUUCUGCCGGUGUCUCUCGAAUCUGGUCAAUCUCAAAACGAUAAAAAUAAUUGGUGCCCAUCUCGGCUUAGACUCCGGAAGCGACUAUUUGUUGCCGCGGCCUCGAUACAUUCAGACAAUUCAUCUGAUCAACAACAUCAACUGUGCACUGCCAAGAUGGAUGUCGUCCCUGUCCUGCCUCUCCUUCCUCGUAAUCCAUGGCCUAAGAACGCUGCGAGCGGAGGACCUUCGAGUGCUUGGGAGCAUACCAUCGUUGAGUUAUCUUGACAUAUGGGUUGUUGAACCCACACAAGAGAGACAAGAUAGGUUAUUGAUCGACAUCGGUCAUCCAUUCCCUUGUCUAACAACACUCAAGGUCGCCAGUCACGUCAUGGAGUUACGGUUUGCCCAGGGAGCCAUGCAGAAGCUCCAAACCCUCAAGCUACGGUUCUCGGCGCGGCAAACACUGGAUCAGUUUGGCGAUUUGGAUUUCGGCCUGGAGAAUGUCUAUUCGCUUGAGCAUGUGUAUGUCGGGAGGUGGUCCAAGCCUGAGCCCGGGGAGGUGGAGGCUGCAGAGACUGCAGUCAGGGAAGCGCUUGGCAUGAAUCCCAACCGGCCGACACUCGAGCUCAGCAAGGGCAAAGAGGAAAUACCCUCUUGUGGGGGAGUGGCACUGAAUUUACUACUGCAAAGAAGGAAGUUUGCAUCUGACACAACGUCGUUACUUGGAUCGGCAAAAAGGGCUGAAAGCCACGCACAGCUCAACUCUUUUGGCACAAAUGUUAACUUCGAUGGGAUUACCCUCCAAAACGAAGUAAAGCACCUCAGGAUCAUCAGGGUUGAUGGCUACCAACACAGGCUUCUUCUUCGGCAGUCCAGUUUCUUUGUAGCUGGUGUCAGCCCAGAUAUCCGCAAACUUGAAUUCGUAAUCGCGAGUCCAUUGCCCUUGAUUGCCCAACUUCCACAUCUUAACGAACAGCGCACGGCAGCGACGGUUGCCGACAUCUCUGUCUCGAGUGUGUGUAUCUAUAUCAUCAGGGAGUGGCACGAAGAGGAGCUCCGGCUCUUCAGCAAAAGGAUCACAGCAGAGAAGACCUUGCGAGAGAUCCAACCACCAGAGCUUCCCUUGGUGCGAGAAUGUACGGGCACCAGACCACCGGCAUUUGAGGGGAAAGGGAAGAAUUUUCUUCACCCAUUCACAACCGAUCGCUAUGAGUUUACACAUGUGCGCUUGAACGAUGUUUUUGAUUUCAUCGAGGGCUACUUCGCCUAUUUGCACAUGAACUUCAAGGCGAGGAACGUUGCCACAUGGUCAGAGCAAAUCUUCUUUUCUGAGUUGAUGGCAGAAAUGGAUAAUAACGACAAUGCCUCCAAUGGAUAUUAUCGCGUCAGUGCAUGCGACAUUGUUGAUGAUAACUGUGCUGGUGGCCGUAAACAAGAAGUUGAGUGUAAGUACAUCCCAGGAUAUAAGAAUGACAUGGAAAAUUGCUAUGUAUGUGCUGAGAAAAUCAAGCACCCUGUCGGAAGUACAUACAAAGGAGGCCAUUCUGUUUCGGACUAUGGUGUGGAAGAAAAUUCUACCGAAUGA